CUUUUGUUAAUUUUCCUGGGCACUGAAAAAUGGCACGAAAUUUAUUAUUACAAAUCUGUUUAUUCUUCGUUUAUUCUUGUGUGGAAGCAUCUGUUGUUGCCGUAGUUAGUAAUUCCGUGACUGUGGACUGUAGUACACUUCGUAUGGGCCAGUAUAUAUGCCCAGAUCCCAGUAUAAACCCCAUAGAUCCAGAUACCCAGCAGUAUAUAGGUUGCAUGAAGGGAAAAGAAAUACCCUCGGAAGGAGAAGCUGAAGUGCAAUGCAUAGCAGCUGAUGGCAUAAUUUGCAAUGAAACAAAAAAUUCUACAUUCAAAAGGAGGCUGCCAUGUAAGUGGACAAAUGGCUACUCACUAGAAAUAGCACUACUGCUAUCAGUGUUCUUAGGCAUGUUUGGCCUGGACAGAUUCUACCUUGGCUACCCUGGAAUAGGGUUGGCUAAGUUGUGCACUCUGGGUUUCCUUUUUCUUGGUCAGCUAUUGGAUAUUAUACUCAUAGCAGCUCAGGUAGUAGGACCAUCAGAUGGUUCAGCCUACAUUAUACCAUACUUUGGAGCUGGUGUCUCUGUAGUUCGCAGUACCAACGAGACCUACCUGCUUCCACAGGCAGAUUGGCAUAACAUCACCUGACAGUGGGGUACAAUCUCCUUCUAUGUGGAUGAAGAUUAUGAAUGGACUUAAUAAUGCAAUCCAAAGGUGCAAGCGCCAUGUCCUUAAAACAAAAAUAUAAGUUAUUUGUGUGAAUAUUAGUUGUUAGUGAUGUGUGACACCAAGGUAUCAUGAACUUUGCCC